GGAGAGGGAGAGGGAGGGAGGAGGUUUAUGUUAAAGCGCUGGUAAUCCUUCAGAAACCGGGAUUGCAUUCGAAGCUUUCAUUCUGAUCGAAAGCUGGAUGCUCCCUUGUUCUUGCAGGGAUUUCAACACCUAGCGAUAUCGCAAUAUUUUCGAUUUUUGAACCGUUAUUUCUUCAGUUGGUUGUCUUCCUUGAUUAGAGUUAAGCGACCUUAGAUUCGUCGUAAAUGGCCGACUAUUGGCGGAUCCUUCAAUGGUUCUCGCAAUGUUGGUAAGCAGAUUCGUCGGUGCAUUGAUUUCAGUCCUUAGGCUUUACAUGGUGUUUUGAGGCUUUGCGAGGUUUGAAGAUAUCGAGGAGUUUGCGACGGUACAUUAGGUUUCCAUCAGAGGGUCUCUGGAUGCUUCAGAACUGAAACUUCUAUUUAGUUGUGGGUGACAUAUAGGAUGAAUUGAGGAUGGUUGAUGGAGGUGGUUCAAUUCAUUCCUAUUGUUGCAUUUCGCCAUCUUCCGUUUCUUAGGUAAUUGGAGGUUAGAAUGGCAGCAUUCUGUCUCAAAUUAUUGCAGUGCCUUUCUCCUUGUGUUUGAAGUUUGGAUUUCUUUGUGCUGCUGAGGAGGAAGAAGAAAUACGGUGCGUUGUGAUCGCCUAUAGUAAACGUUCCCGUGUUGGGGAUUUGGAUGGAGUUCAUGAGUACGAAUUUUAUUUUGAAAUCUUUGUACUGAUGGAAUGAAUAAAGAUUUUUUUACUCGGCCUGUUAGCUCAGAAGUUUCCAUAAGGUUUUUAUGGGGCGUAUUUGGACAUUGUCUUCUUACCUUCCAGAUCUUUUGUGUUGUUCAAAUGGGUUUCAUUCUGUACGGGGGCAGUUCCUGAUCUUGCAACACGAAUGGCUGACUCGCAGAGGAGUGGUGUUGCUGGGAGGGAUGUGGAGCAGGCCAUUACAGCCCUUAAGAAAGGGGCUUAUCUGCUAAAGUAUGGGCGCCGAGGGAAGCCUAAGUUUUGCCCAUUCCGACUUGCUAACGAUGAGUCUCUAUUGAUAUGGUACUCCGGCAAAGAUGAGAAGCAGCUUAAACUGAGUCAUGUAUCAAGGAUUAUACCCGGGCAGCGUACCGCAAUAUUUCAGCGGUAUCCACGGCCUGAUAAGGAAUACCAAUCAUUUUCUCUGAUAUAUAGUGGAAGAUCCUUGGAUUUGAUAUGUAAAGAUAAGGAUGAAGCUGAAGUCUGGUUUGUUGGUCUUAAGGCAUUGAUUGCACGUGGUAGUCCAAAUGUUGAUCAUCGAAAAUACUCUUCAUUGGGACCAUGUGGCAUCAACGAUAUCUUCCAUAAGGAUCCUGGAGACACCCAACGAAUUCUGGUCCCUAGUGAAAGCAUUUCACAGAUUGGUUUAGGAAAGGCAUUCUCUGAUGUGAUAUCAUAUACUGCUUCUAUCAAGGGUCCCAGCCUUCCAGAGUCAGUUGUCAAUUCUUUUGGUUCAUUUUCAUCCGGUGCUGAUAAUUCCAAUGGUCGGAGUUCUACUGUAGAUAAUGUGAGAGUUAGUUUAUCUAGUGUGGUUAGCUCAUCAAGCCAGGGAUCUGGACAUGAAGAUUUUGAUGCUUUAGGUGAUGUUUUCACCUGGGGAGAAGGGCUUGGAGACGGGAUCCUUGGUGGUGGUACUCAUAGGGUUGGAAAUUCAUCUGCCACUAAGAGGGAUGCACUUUUCCCCAAGGCACUGGAAUCAUCGGUGGUACUUGAUGUCCACAAUAUUGCAUGUGGUGGUAAGCAUGCUGUUUUAGUCACUAAACAAGGGGAAGUCUUUAGUUGGGGAGAGGAAUCAGGAGGCAGGCUCGGGCAUGGGGUAGAAGCUGAUGUUUCCCAGCCAAAGCUCAUUAAUACUCUAAGUGGCCUGAACAUUGAACUAGUUGCAUGUGGAGAAUAUCACACUUGUGCUGUUACAUUGUCUGGAGAUCUCUAUAUGUGGGGCGAUGGUACUUACAGUUCUGGUCUUCUUGGGGAUGGGAGCAAGGCAAGUCACUGGAUCCCUAAAAAAGUAAGUGGUCUAAUGGAAGGUAUACAUGUUUCAUUUGUCUCUUGUGGACCUUGGCAUACUGCAGCUGUAACAUCUUCAGGUCAACUUUUUACAUUUGGGGACGGGACUUUUGGUGCCUUGGGCCAUGGAGAUCGGAGUAGUACUAGCAUGCCAAGAGAAAUUGAGACUCUAAGAGGACUACGGACAAUAAGAGUAGCUUGUGGUGUUUGGCACACUGCUGCAAUUGUGGAAGUUGUGGAUGAGUCAUCUGGCUCUGGUAACUCUUCAUCUGGAAAGCUCUUUACCUGGGGAGAUGGAGAUAAAGGCCGACUUGGCCAUGGUGGUGAUGAAAGUAGGCUAGUUCCAGGAUGUGUGGCUCCUUUGGUUGACAAAAGCUUUUCUCAAGUAGCCUGUGGAAAUGAUAUUACAGUUGCUCUUACAGCCUCAGGAAAAGUAUACACAAUGGGGAGUGUUUGUGGACAGUUGGGUAAUCUUCCUACUUGCAUUGAGGGAAAGAUCAGAAACUGUUUCGUAGAGGAGGUAGCUUGCGGGUCUCAUCAUGUUGCUGUUUUGACCUCCAAACCUGAGGUUUACACUUGGGGAAAAGGGGCAAAUGGCCAACUAGGCCAUGGAGAUAAUGAUGACAGAAAUACACCUACACUCAUUGAAGCUCUGAGAGAUAAACAAGUUAAGAGUGUAGUAUGUGGUUCAAGUUUCACUGCUGUCAUCUGUCUUCAUAAAUGGGUGUCUAAUGCUGAUUACUCAUUAUGCUCUGGUUGCCAUAAUCAAUUUGGCUUCAGAAGGAAACGUCAUAAUUGUUAUAACUGUGGGCUUGUCUUUUGCAAAGCAUGCAGCAAUAGGAAGUCUUUAAAAGCUUCAUUGGCUCCAAAUAUGCACAAGCCCUACCGUGUAUGCGAUGAUUGUUUUUCUAAACUCAAGAAAUUCAUCAAAACUGGUUCAACAUCUCGGUUAUCUAAAGUUCAUAGUGGAAAUAUAUGGACUAAUUCCAGUGAGGUGGUAGAAAAAGAAACUUUUGAUUCUAGAUUACAUGGUCAACCAACCAGGCUCUCCUCUGUUGAUUCUUUCAAACAGGCUGAAGCCAGACAAUCUAAACGCAACAGGAAAUCAGAACCAAACACUAGCCGUUUCUCACCCCUCGCGAAUGGAAGGUCUCAAUUGGGGAGCUCUAUUGUGUCAAAAUCGUCAACCUCCUUGUUUGGAUCAUCAAAAAAAAUGUUUUUUGCUUCUGUUCCUGGUUCAAGAGUGGCUUCCAGGGCAACGUCUCCCAUAUUAGGGAAGUCAACUCCAACUCGUUCUGCAACACCCACACCCACACCAACUCUUGCUGAUUUGAAAUCACCUCAGGUCACUGUUGAUGAUCCAAAGCAUACGAAUGACAGCAUCAGCCAAGAGAUUAUUAAGUUGAGGGCACAGGUAGAGGAACUUACUAGCAAAUCGCAACUUUUGGAAGCUGAGUUGGAGAGAACAUCGAGGAAAUUAAUGGAUGCCAGUGCAAAAGCAGGAGAUGAAACUGCUAAAUGCAAGGCCGCAAAGGAAGUAAUUAAAUCUCUAACAUCACAGUUGAAGGACAUAGCCAAAAGGGUAUCUGAGGGAUCUACUACCAGCAUUAGAUCUGGUUCCACAGCCAGUAUUCCAAGUCCUAUUAUUAAUGAGAGCUCUUUGGGCAGACUCAACUCUCCAAAACUGGAGUCUAAUGGUUCGGUAAAUCCACAGUCAUGCAAUGGAACCAAGACCCAAACUGGUCCAGCAGAAUGGGUGAUACGAGAUGAACCAGGCGUGUACAUAACUGUUUCCUCCUUGCCAGGGGGCGGUAGAGAACUCAGGCGGGUGCGCUUCAGUCGAAGACAUUUCAGUGAGAAACAAGCAGAGAAGUGGUGGGCUGCAAACAGGGUAAAGGUAUACCUGCAAAAUAACAUCCGAAGUAAGGAGAAACCAAGAGCAGGCCAACCAUCAGUGCCUCCAGAAGAGAACAAUGGCAACGAGGUUGGCUGACACAAUGACUUAAAAGACCUUUCGCUCUACCACGAAUUGUAAAUUCUAUCCUUUUCUAUCUUUUUCCACUCAUUGGAGUUUGUCACACUUGAAGGACCACCGGAUCAGAGUGUGGCAUGUAGGUUGGGAUGUAAGAAAGCAAACUUAUUGUUAAAAUGUGGACAUUCUGCAGUUAGUGGCUGUAUAGAGUUUGCUCUUGUUUUUCCA